CCUGGAUAUUUCAAUUUAACAUCCGGAAUUGGCUGCCAAGAAUGUAACUGUGACGUCCUUGGUAGUGUUAAUAGCACCUGUGAUGUGCUAACCGGGCAAUGCUUGUGUAAACCAGGUGUGAUGGGACGCAGAUGUGAUCAAUGUGAACCACAGCAUUACGGUUUCGGGAUAGAUGGUUGUCAACCGUGUGAUUGUGAAGUUAUUGGAUCCGAAUCACCACAGUGUGAUGUUAUCACUGGUCAAUGCUUAUGUCGCGAUCAUAUUGAAGGACGACGUUGUGAUCAUUGUAUUGAAAAUCGUUACAAUCUUCAGGCCGGUUGUUUACCGUGUGAUGAUUGUUAUGCGUUAACACAACGUCGAGUGCACACAUUUAGGAAGGAAAUUAGUGUUUUGGACGAAACUCUAAAAGAAAUUGUCGAAAAUCCUGCACCGGUUGACGAUGUGGAAUUCGAUAAUUAUGUCAAAGCUGUCAGUGCCGAAGUAGAGGAUUUAGUUGAUAUCGUAAACAAAAAAUUAGCUGGUGAUGACUCACAGAUUAUUGAACAGGUAAGUUUGGUUAGGAGCGAUUUGAAGAAUGCGUUGAAAUUGUUAAGUUCGGUUGAUGACAUCAUCAGUAAAGCAGAUCGAAAGGCAACUACAAUAAAUGAAACAUUGAAGCAAUGGAGUCUAAUUAAAGAUCGAGCACGAAGUGAUUUAGAAAAUGCAUUAUAUUAUUUGGAAACUGAGGGACAAACACAAUGGGAAUUAGCACAGGAAGCAUCCCGAAAAUAUGGUGAACAAAGUCAGCAGUUAUCAGAAAUAGCGCAAGAGGCAAGAAAAUUAGCUGAACAGCAAGAAAAUCGUAGUAUUGAAAUUGAAGCAUUGGCUGAGAAAAUUGCAAAUGCUUCUAAACAGGCGCUUGUUGAAGCGAAAGAAGUGAUCUUUGGAGGUGAUGCUACAAGUAAAGAAAUUGCUGUUAUGCUGGAGCGUUUGAAUUCAACUGAAAAACUGUUAAAUCAAACACGUAAACUUGCUGAGGAACAAUUAAUAGAAGCGGAUCGUGCAUACAAAACAGCUGCAGAAAGUUUGACGGCUGUCGAGAGUUUGCGUUUACCGAACAUUGAUCCACAACAAAUUGAAGAAGAAGCUAAACGAGUCGCAGAUGAUGCUCAAGCAACAGCUGAUAAUGCUAAGGAACAAGCGGCCGCUAACAAAAAAUUAAUAGAUGAAGCAGUACGAAUAAUUGCUGAAGCAAAAUAUGAGUUACAAAGGGUUCAAGAUCAACAAAAAAUUUCGGAUGAAUUACUGGCUGAUGUUGAUGCUGCAAAGGCUCGUGCUAUGGAAGCUAUUUCGCUUGCAGAAAGCACACUAGCAGAGGCCCAGCAUACGCUAGAAAUAUUGAAUGAUUUUCAAGAGCGAGUUGAUGCAAGUAAAUCAGAAGCAAUUGAAGAAUUAAAAAAUCUGGAAGAAAUUGAAAAAGAAAUCGCUUUAGCUGAGGAUACAACUCGAGAAGCUGAAAAUGCUAUCGGUAAUGCGAAGAAUGAUGCACAAAUGGCUGAAAAGAUCGCUUUACAAGCCGAAAAAGAGGCUAAAAGUAUCAGCAAGGAGGCAUAUGAAUUACGGAAUCAAACGCAGGGUGUUCGUAAAACUGCAGAAGAAUUAAAGUUAAGUGCCGAUCAACUGGUCAAUGAUGUUAAAGACGCGAGUACAACAAUGGAAGAUUACAGACGACAGGCUAGUAGCGAUAAAGCUCGUGCUUCUGAGGCAGUUCAAAAAGCACAGCUUGCCGAAAAAGCUGCUGAAAGUGCAAACAAAACGAUUAGUGAAGCGGAGGAAAAUCUAAGAAGUAUUAAUAACCAAUUCAAUUCAUUAGAUGGCGUGAGUAGUGAAGAAUUGGAUGAGUUGGAAAAGCAACUGGAUCAAGUAGAACAAUUAUUAAACAGUGCUGAUUUAGAUCAGCAGGUAUCAUUGCUCAAAGAACAAAAAAUUGAACAGGAUCGUACAAUAACGCAGUUUAAAAAUGAAAUCGAUAAUUUAGAAGAUGAAGUGCAAAAUCUUGAAGAAAUACGUGAUUCAUUACCGAAGAAAUGCUUCAAUGUAAUCAAUUUGGAACAAGAGGGACACAAAUAA